AUGCCAGCGCCAGCGGUGUUUGGAAGUGAAGCGCAGCCCUUUGACCCAAAUAAGAGACCGCCGAAUAUCCCUGAAGACCACACCCAUCAGUGGCGCGUUUGGGUGAAGGGGGUCAACGAUGAAGAUAUAUCAUACUGGCUAAAGAAGGUCCAAUUCAAACUCCACGAAACCUAUGCGCAGUCGAUCCGAACCAUCGAAGGCCCACCUUUUGAAGUUACAGAGACAGGCUGGGGUGAAUUUGAAAUCCAGAUAAAGCUGUACUUUGUCCCGGAGUCUAUGGAAAAGCCGCAGACGCUGUGGCACAGCCUAAAACUGCACCCAUACGGACCGGAUGCAGAGGCUAAGAAAGCAAGACGGGAGACUAUUAUUAGUCAAAACUAUGAAGAAGUUGUUUUCAAUGAACCGGUGGAGCAGUUUUACAAUCUCCUGACCGGUGGAGCCCUUCCCGCGCAAGCUCCGGCGAGAGGGAAGGCUGGGAAAGGCGCAAAGCAACAACAGCAACUGAGUGGACGGACAGCGGAGAUCCCGUACUCGGAUUCCCCGAAAAACCCAUACAGCCAGAAAUCAGAGGCGAAAGAGCUCGAUAAACUUGGAGAAGCCCUGACGACCGUUGGUAGGUUGCUGAAAGAAGAACGGACCAAGCUAGCGGAACGAGAAGCAUAUUUGGCUACCUUGAAGGUAACUGAAACUUUGCCGGCCGUCCAGAAGAAAAGGUGA